GACGAGGGUCAAAGUACAUCGGUGACGCUUUACUUAGUUACCUGUCUGUCGCCGGUCACUAGGCUGUCUGUUACUAUGACUUUGGACGUUUCUCAAGUGAGCAGAACUCUCCUCAACCCCGACCUUUAACCAGAUAAUCACCAUGAGCGACUGACGCAUGCGCACUGCGAUGCGACAGCAAGGACACCCAAUCGAUAACCGAGUGAUUCAUCCGUGCGCCUCCCUUCUGAUUCCAUCCGUCACAAUGGCUGAUAAACAGAAAAGUGUCAAAAUAGCAGCUGGAGCCGUAGUGUGUGUCGAAAGUGAAAUCAGAGGAGAUGUCACCAUAGGCCCCAGGACAGUAGUCCACCCAAAAGCUCGCAUCAUCGCAGAGGCAGGACCCAUCGUGAUUGGAGAGGGCAAUCUGAUCGAGGAGCAAGCUCUGAUCAUUAACGGUUACCCAGAAAACAUCACACCAGAGUCCGAGGUGGAACCAAAGACGAUGACCAUUGGCAUGAACAAUGUGUUUGAAGUUGGCUGUGUAUCACAAGCCCUGAAGAUUGGUGACAACAACAUGAUUGAAUCCAAAGCUGACGUUGGCAGGAAUGUGAUCCUCACCAGUGGCUGUAUCAUCGGAGCCUUCUGUCAGGUCAACACGUGUGAGGUCAUACCUGAGAACACGGUCAUCUACGGCUCUGGAUGUAUGAGGCGGGUCCAGACGGAGAGACCGCAGCCCCAAACUCUUCAGCUCGACUUUCUGAUGAAGAUUUUGCCAAACUACCACCAUCUGAAGAAAACAGUUAAAGCCGGACACAUUGCCAGCUAGAAUGUAACUUAAUGCCUUUUGAAGUCGACUUGUAAAUGGCUAGCAAACCUGUAUUUAAAUAGGUAAUUCUGGAAUGAAGCGUGAAUGUAUAUAAUUAUAUAAUAUGUACCUAGCUUGUCACUCUCUGAGAAAUAUUUUCUACUCUAACCACAAUGCAUUUCAUCUUCAUCCUGCUGGGCUCAUGCAUCCUUUUCUAUGAUUGAUUCAUUAAAUAACCUCAGAA